GCGGGCCGGGCUCGGCGGAGGCUGGGGAGGCUGCGGAGGAGGCUGCGGAGGCUGCUGCGGAGGAUGGAGGCUGCGGAGGAGCUGCGGGAGCUGCGGGCGCUGGUGGAGCGGGCGGGCGGGCGGCGGGCAGUGCUGCUGGUGGCCGAGGUGGCCGAGGGAGCUCCGGUGGCCUCCACCUUGGCCUCGUUCGCCCGAGACUUGCUGGGAGACGAGGCUCCUCCGGCACCGGGACCGACCCCGGGCUGCCCGUCCCGCUCCCGGUGCCGGUCCCGGGGCGGAGGGCGUCGGGCGCUGUCAGCGGGUCUGCUGCUGGUGCUGUGCCGCGGCGGGGCGGCGAGGGGCCGAGGGAACCGGGCACGGCUGCGGGAGGUGGUGCGGGACGUGCGGGGUCGCCUCCCCCCGGGGCCGCCGCCCGCCGCCGUCGUCGGUGUCCUUCUGCCCGGGGGGGACGGGGAGGACGCGGCGGUGCUGGACGCCACCCUCCGCCGCCACUUCCCGGCCCCGGGAACCGUGCAGGGGGCUCGCUACAGCCCCGGCAGCCCCGCAGCCCUCCAAGAGUGCCGUGCCGCAGCGUGCCGAGCUCUGCGAGCAGCCCUGCAGCACCCCGCAGAAGAGGAGAAGGAGAGGGAGAGGUGGAGGCUGCCUGCCUUCCUGCAGUGCGCUUCUUGGAGCCGGAGGAGCUGGAGAAAAGGCCACAUAUCAAAAGAUGAGAACAAUGUUCAUGAAGAUGACCAGCAGGACCCCCAGGAAGUGGCUCUGACCAGCCUGUCUGCCAACGGAAACUACGAAGAAGCUGCUGGAGGCGCGGGCACCUAGAGCAUGUCCUGGUCCUGCCUGGCUGGUGUGGAGCAGUGGGAGGAGGAGCUGCUGUGUGCCCGCUCACCCUCUCCUCGCAGAGCCCACUGCUCCGAGGAGAUGCUGGAAUUCGCCAGGGUCUUCCACGGCUGCCAACAGCCUCCGAGGUCCAUGCCAGAGCCACCCCCUGCCCUGCGCCCUGCUGCCCCAGGGUGCCUGCAGCUGCUGGUGGACACUGGGCUUUGGAGAAGCCCCUUGGGAAUGUACCCUGGGCAAGGUGACGUGGGGACUUUGGGACUUUGAUGAAGAAAGGGGAAUGCUUGCUAAUUUAGAGCAAAAUUCCCCACUGAGAUUGCCGGGCUGGCCUCCCAGGCAAACAGUCUGCUGCCUUGUUUUCAUGCUUUAUCGCUGUUUUAAAGUUCCUGCCCUCUCUCUGAUCAAGAAAAAAAAAAGGAAAAGACAACACGGUGGCAUGGAGACUGCAGUGGGACUAAAUAUAAGGUCUUGGCGAGCUGAAAAGGCUUAGAGAUAGAUAAGCGAUGUGAAGAAAUGUUUAAGCAGUUCCAAAAGGCUACCCGUAGUCUGUGGAGCAACAAAACUACAAAUCCUUGGUUUACAGGAAAUGUAUAAUGGAAUACCUGUUUUAUGCUUAUUUUAAUGCAACACAGAACGGGUCUUGUUCCGCUUUUGGCACAAGCUGCUGGGCUUUCUUUGCUCCUGACUGUCCCUUUGGAGUUUCACCCAGCUCAGGCCAGAACCUUCAAGCCCCUCACGUCCUGCCUCCCUGUUCCUUGCUGGGUGAUGGCAGUGCGUCCUCCCUGUGUGUCCGUCUGUCUUCUUUCUCACUUCUUUUUCCCAGUGGCAGCAAAGCAUCUGAAGUACUGCCGGCUCCAGCCAGCACGCCCCUCCAGCUGCGUGCCUUUGGCUUUUCUCUAGCUCUUACCCAAAGCAGGGGCUGGGUUUGUUACCCGGCUCUGCGACUGUCAGCGGUCUUUCCGUGCCUCAGUUUCCCCACCAGCAGCGUGGGGAUGGCAACACCUUGCCUACCUCACCAGGGUGACGACGUUGCCCUUCAUGAUGGUGCUGCUCUGCCCUUUGGGCUGGGAGAGGUGAAUCUUUGUUUUCUUGCAGUAUUUGGCUUUUGCCACCCAGAAUGUACCAAUGAAGAAGCGACCCGCAAAAGAUCUGCAGUUAAACCUCAGUGUUACAAAUCCAAUGGAUUUAUUUACUGGAAAUUUAUAGGUAAAUCACUGCACCUUUCCCUCGCACUGAAAUUUGCAUUGAAACUCAUGAAGCGCAAGUGGUAUCGAGAGGGGUGAGUGGGAAUGCGUUUGACCCCAAGUAUUUUCUUUUUUCCUUUGGCUGAGGAUUGAAGUAACAUUUUUUUUUUUUUUUUUUUUUUCCCCUGCAUUAAGUGGUACAUGAUGGUGCUGCAUUAAAUUUUACAUGUUUAAUUGAUUUCCUAAUUCAAGGGCUCUGUUUCUGUGUCUGCUGUAAAGAAUAAAGACAUUUAAUUGCUGAA